UGCAUACCGAAAUGAUAUUUUUAGUGUUCAAGAAACAAUAUUGGAUAUAGAAUUAGAAAAUGAUCUGGAACAUCCUGAUCACAUAUUUGAAGAAAUUUUUAUCGAGAAAGAAACUUUCAUGAAAAAAUGAAGAGGAAGAACUAGCUCUUGAUGAUGAGUACUCUUCAUGUAUCGGGUAUUCUUCUUAUAAGGAAGAUUCAACCGACAGUAGUGAAACAAACGAAAGUGAAGAGGAACAACUACAUGUUGAAAGCAAGCGAGGAAGAUUAACAUGUUCAUUUCUUUUUUGUGCUAGUUUUUUAAUAUAAAUUUUUUCUUUUGAAGUAACAAUUUUCAUUAAUGAUAAUUUUCGUAUUUAACCAAAAUAAAAUAAUGUUAGAAAACAGUGAUGCAUAUGGAUUAGUAUAUUUUAGUAGUUUAAGUGGUUUAUUCUAUAGUUUGUGUUUCAUUAGCAGAUGACGUCAAGUAAUAGUAAUGAGCAACCUAGGAGUAGUAGUUCUCAUGAAAAGAGUACUACUAAGAGUAAAGUGAAACAAAUCACGUCUACAUCGAGUCCAUCUCAUUCUUCAGUUCCACCAUUACAUCCACCAUCACGGGGUCCAUUACCCUUUUCACAUUCUUUCUAUGGUAUGCUUCCGUAGGGAUAUAACUCAAUGCCUCCUCCGGGCUUUAGCUCGAUGCUUCCUCCAGACUUUAGAUCGAUUCUUCCCCAGACUUUAGAUUGAUGCUUCCCCAGGACUAUGGGAUGCCAUCUUAUACCCCUUUCUACAAUAUUCUAUCCCCAGAUAGUUCCUCAAUACCUCCAUCUCUUUUACAUAUACAUGGAACAUCGUCAACUUAUCUCUCUUUAAUGGAUCGACAUCCAUCUCCAAACACUACAUCGUCAAAGGCCACUCAACCAAUCAGCCUACAGCUUUUUAGGUCAAAUAUAGGAGUGAGCAAUUCUGAGAUGUUCAAUUCUGAAACAUCUCCUAGUUUUUCUUCGACUCUGUCUUCAGUUCACGGUCCAGAUCUUCCACCACCUGAAGAGUUAUAUCAACUACAGAGAGUGCACAUUAUAGCUGACGAGGAAAGUCCGGAUGAAGAUGUAAUUUCAUUAGGAAUUCAGAAACUUUAUGAUGGUUUCUAUCCAAUAGGGAGUGACGUGUCCUCUCGUAUGCAACAAGGAGUCCUCAAUGAGUUUAUGGUAUGUGUACUUCGAAUAACAAAACAGAUUAAAUGCUCCAAAACCUCUGAGUUAACGAAGAAGAUAUUUCCAGCAUUUAUCAUGCUACCAUGUGUUGCUUAUAACCUUUGAGGUUUAUUAUGUCCGUAGUGUAGGUUUUUAAUUGAAAGAAAGCAUCAUAGUGUUUAAAUGUUUUAACGGUCGACAAAUCUUUGUUUCAAUUUUGCUUUCAUAUUAUCUAAAAUGCACAACUAACAAUGUGGUCAUAAGAUACACAUACUAUAGGUCUUACCUUUUCAAAAUAUAUCACUGGGUAAAUAUAUUAUAGGUUUUUCUCAAUUUUGUACUCAUGUUUGACUCAGAAGAAAUUUGAAGCUUUGACUUCAACUCUGUAUCAAACUAUGAUAAGAGUUGGUAGAUCCCUAAUUGAAUUAAGAUUGGUAUCGUGCAGGCUUCUAACUAGUGAAGCCUUUGAGGAUUUGUCCUUGUUUAGUAAGCCAGAGGUACUUGACAAAAGUGAUUGCAGAAGCAUUGGAGACCCCUGUUUCUUCUACAUAUCAAGUGUUACUAUACUCACAAAACUAAUCUUAGCAAAAGUUGAUAUCACUGAUAUAGGUCUAGCUAUUUUUAGUAUAGGAAACUUACCCAUUGCACAUUUGUGCAUUAGAGUCUGUAAGAGCGGUGAUGCUUCUAAUUAGUUUAGCAUACUUAAUGGUGUUAUGUUUUUUAGUUUUGCCAGGUGAGGAGGGUUAUUGCAACUGUGACAACGUUCUGUUGCUUAGUGGAAUCUGCGCCUAAUGGAUAAAUUUUUUUAUCAAAAUUUCUAACGAGAUAACAUGUCUCAAAUCACCCUAAUGGAUACCACAUAUGCAAUCCGGGAAUCUCCAAAAAAUGAACACUAUAUGUAAGUUUUUUUUUCCUCUCAGUGUACUGCUCCCACAAUCCCCUUAAAAAGUGAAUUACUUUCGUUAUUGAUCACCCUGUCAUGAAUCUGAAAUGAUUCUCGAGAAUAGACACGUUCAUCUUUAUCUUCAUGCCGAUAACGCUCCCUCAAACUUUUAUAUCCCUAUAGUUGCAAGGUAAAAAUAUUCAGAUGCCAGAUAAUGAAUUUUGGAAGAAAAGGAAUAUAAGACUUUGCAGCGUAGUUUAAAAACAGUUUUAAGUGACCUCUUUUUGUGUUGAGGAAAUAGAAUUUCAGAAGGACUAACAAAUAUAUUAUUAUACUGCUUUUCUUACUUAUUCUGUUAAUAUCUUGGUGAGUGUGUUCUACUCCAAAAUUUCAGCAAGACUAGUUAAAAAUUGUAGGUCUGUCUCUGAGUAAGUAAAGCUUGGGAUUUAUGUGUAUAUCUGCUUUUUGAAUGUUGAAAGAGAACUUGGACUCUUGGAGUUCCUUGGUAGUACAUUGAAACGAAGGGACCUUCAAACUGUUACUUAUAUACAAACAAAAAAGAACAUAAGAAGUUUUAAUAAAGUAAGUUUGUUAAUGAAUCACGGUACUAGAUAGUACAAUCUAGAUACAAAUAACAGAAAAUCUGUAGAGGAUAAAUUUGAAGCAGUAAGAUACUCGUUCUAUUCAUUAUAUCUUACGGCGUUUGACUAGACAUGAUUUAUAAUAUAAGUUCAAUUAACACCUUAAAUCAUGUUUUGUAAAAUAUCACAAAAAUUAAUGAUAGUAGAAAAAAAUACCAACGCGUUGGUUAAGAAGUUUAUUUGAUAGAGAGAGAAUCACAACAAAAGUUUAUAUUUGAAAAGAUUAAUUAGUAUUAAAUCUUGAAAGUUGUUUCAAGUUGUAUACACAUAAAAUGCUGUCAAAACUUUUGAUAACUUCUCAAAACAGAACAUUACAGGGCCUUUGAACAUUAUAUUAAGUUCUGCAAUUAAUAAUAUUAUAUGCCUUUGAACAUUUCAGGGCCUUGGCUAUCAAAUGACUUCUUCAUCAAAGUAAAAGAAGUUGCUUUUCCUACAUUGUAUUUUGCUGCAUAACUGCUGCAUUUUUAUUUAUAGAUAGGAUUAUUACAACUUCUUCACUCCCCAAACUACUAUUUCUUAUAUUUGAAGAUAUCAUAUUAUAGCAAGUAGUUUGUGUUUGUCUUUCGUGCUUUGCUCCUAGAGCAUUAUAUGGUUGUAUAUGUUGAUUCAAACUGUUGACAUUGAUUGUGCUGCAAUGUUUCAUUAAAAAUGUGGUUGACACGAUGCUUAAAUUUAAAAGGCAAACAAUAAUGAAUAUGUGGCAAGGGGAAAUAUGGGAAGUAUUUUGUUGAUCUUAUCUCGAUUGAUGUUAUAUGGAUUAAAAGGAUGGAUAUGAGAGGUGGUAGCGAAAGGCAACCUCUCUACCAGAAGAGACAAUGCUAAAAGAAAAUAGGUUACUUUUUUCAUUAGUGGCUUGAUUUUCAACGGGACAUUUCAUGUCAAACCUUAAAUUAUUUAUACACUUGUGUUUCACUAUAUUUAUUUGUAGAAAACAUUUCUUGACAGACCAACUACUCGUGAAUAGGUAUCGAAGAAGACCCAUAUGAAAAUUAGAGAUGAAAAAAAAGUCUGAAUUGAGACACGAGCAGAGGAUACCUAUGUAAGUUCAAAUCUUACUUAGAAUUUAUUUUAUACCGUUUAUUAUAUACUAUUUUUUUAAUGUAGAAUCGAUAUGUCAAGCAAUUGAAGAGAUCAAAAGAAGUCAAUCGAGAUGGUCAAGGUAAUCCAAUCAUGUUACCAGAGGAAGAAACUCUCUCCUGCUGGGAUGUAGUUGGCGGCGUGUAUUAGAAAAGGGUUUACGACCUUUGCUCUGAGAAGAACUUUCAUCGCCUAUAGUGUGGAUUGCAAUGUAUAAGGAGUUCUGCCACCAUGCCAGAUGAGCAGCUUGAGGAGAUGCGACAGAAAGUUCGGGAGCUUGCUAGAAAGUAUGAGGAGGGACGAAAAAAAAUGAUGGGGAAGGAGCGACGUAGGACGACACUUAAGUCAGACAUCCAAAAACUCAAGGCUCAAGUUAAUACCUUAAUCAAGCUUCCUCGUUCUCCGCCCCUAGCUCUGAUGACGACAGUGGAGAGAAUGAAAUUGAGUAUUAGGUUUUGUUAUAUUAGUUUUGGAUUCUGUUAGUUUGAAGUGUUUGAAAGAAUUUAUUUUGGUACUUAUUUGCAUACUUUUUUGAUACUUGUUAGCAAAUUAUUGUUUAAGUUGGAUGAAUAUGUAUUACAUUUGAUUGCUUAAUUAUAAUGUGUUAUUUGUU